AUGACCGAUGCUCAUGAUGAGCUACUCAAGUGCGUGUUACAAUUAGCAGCAAGUAGUGACAAGCUUCGUACGACCAAUGCAAUACUUGGAACGUCCUUGGGACGAAUGCAACAGGCUUUACCAGAGUCUGGAAUGCCUUUACUUACAUCUAAAUUGGCAGUCAUAGCUUCCAAUAUGGAUCGUAAAUCUCGUACUUUAGAGGAGAAAUUUCAAGAGAUUUAUGACCUUGGAACAGAGACAACAGAGCGAAUGGAACUUACAAAGACACGAGUGGAAAAAGAACUACGACGUCGAUCAGAGAAUUUUCGUGACUUGGUCAAGAGUCGAAAUACAGAUAUCCAGGAAGAAUACGCACGAAUGCUAAAGGAGCUAGAUGAUCAAGCGGAGUUACUAGACGAGCAAAUUUCAAAGGAGAGAGAGGCAGUAGCUGCACGAGCUGAACGACGUCGUCAGGAGGCUAUUCAGAGAAAGUCUAAUAAGAAACAGCAACUUGCCGAAGAAAGCGCGGUUUUGAAAGCACAGUUGGAUGAAUUCACCUUGGAGAUCAGACAGUUGCAAGAAGUGUUUGCAGCACUGGAACACGAACAUGACGACAUCUCGCAGGAUGCUCAAAGUGCUGAAGAACGACGUCAACUUGAGGAAGAGCGUGCUCAGAACGAAAUUGUCGAGCUUCAGCAGGAAAUUGUACUGCUGAAGGAGGUGCAGAAAGCGACUGUAGAGAAAGUCGACAGACAAUCACUGAAGGCCCAGUAUGAAGAAGAAAAACGGGAAGUGCUGGAAGAGACGGCGCACCUAGAAAGCUUAGUGGAAGACUUUGCGCCUCAAAUUAACUCAAAUAGCGUUCGUCUGCAUUCACUGCUGCGAACACUUGCUCCCGCUCCAGGCAUUGGGACGCUCAUGACACGCCUGUACCAGCAACUAAGCAGCGAUUCUCCUGCUCCGUCAUCAACCGACUUGCCUCCUACACCGCGUAAAACGGUCGAUUUGAAUGCAUUUCUUAAUAGCUGCCCGAGUUUUGAAGAAGGCAAUCGCGCAAUUGAUGAGCUCAAGAAGCUGCAGCUCGUCCAUUGCUACGAAUCAAGCGGAAUCAUUGCACUGGCAGAUUAA